GUUCACUUAGAGCGAAAAGAAGAACAUUGGGGGGAUAGCAGACAUUAUAGGACAUCUCUGCGGACCUAACCCUGGGUUGGACUUAGCUUCGUGGCAACAGGGAAUCUUCAGGAUUGUCUCAGAAACAGAAUUCUCUUUGGAAUGAACACCUUCGAAACCAGUUGUGUAGAAGUUGCACAUCCCUCUGAACCCAUGGCUGACUCCAGGGGUCCCCAUUAGAGGCGAGCGAGCCGCUGGGUGCAGGCAGGCGACGUGCUGCCGGGCUAGGCUGCCCGGGGGAGAUGACUUCUCGCCAGGAGGACGCCUCUGGAAAGAAGACCACGGAGGGAGCAAAGUUUCAGGGUAGCUGAGGUGCCUUGGUCGCAGCCCUUCCGAGCCCAAUCUCCUCCCUGGCUAUGGAGGGCGGACUUUAAAAUGAAUCCCGAUCUGGACACCGGCCACAACACAUCAGCACCUGCCCACUGGGGAGAGUUGAAAGAUGACAACUUCACUGGCCCCAACCAGACCUCGAGCAACUCCACACUGCCCCAGCUGGACGUCACCAGGGCCAUCUCUGUGGGCCUGGUGCUGGGCGCCUUCAUCCUCUUUGCCAUCGUGGGCAACAUCUUGGUCAUCCUGUCGGUGGCCUGCAACCGGCACCUGCGGACGCCCACCAACUACUUUAUCGUCAACCUGGCCAUUGCUGACCUGCUGUUGAGUUUCACAGUACUGCCCUUCUCCGCUACCCUAGAAGUGCUUGGCUACUGGGUGCUGGGGCGCAUCUUCUGUGACAUCUGGGCAGCGGUAGAUGUCCUGUGCUGUACGGCCUCCAUCCUGAGCCUAUGUGCCAUCUCCAUUGACCGCUACAUUGGGGUGCGAUACUCUCUGCAGUACCCCACGCUGGUCACCCGCAGGAAGGCCAUCUUGGCGCUCCUCAGUGUGUGGGUCUUGUCCACGGUCAUCUCCAUCGGGCCUCUCCUUGGAUGGAAAGAACCUGCGCCCAAUGAUGACAAAGAAUGUGGGGUCACCGAAGAACCCUUCUACGCCCUCUUUUCCUCCCUGGGCUCCUUCUACAUCCCGCUCGCGGUCAUCCUGGUCAUGUACUGCCGGGUCUACAUCGUGGCCAAGAGGACCACCAAGAAUCUGGAGGCGGGAGUCAUGAAGGAAAUGUCCAACUCCAAGGAGCUGACCCUGAGGAUCCACUCCAAGAACUUUCAUGAGGACACCCUCAGCAGUACCAAGGCCAAGGGCCACAACCCCAGGAGUUCCAUAGCUGUCAAACUUUUUAAGUUCUCCAGGGAAAAGAAAGCAGCCAAAACCUUGGGCAUUGUAGUCGGAAUGUUCAUCUUAUGUUGGCUCCCCUUCUUCAUCGCUCUCCCGCUUGGACUUUUGACUCAGAGAAGGCAGAAGCAGAUGUGCGGAAGGCUAUGCCGGACAAGCAGGAAAGUGUAGGUAGGAGUAUCUCCCAAUCCAGCCAGACUCUCAGGUGCCUGGGUGCCAUGAGAUUUCCAUAGCUGUUUUUGUUUUCUCCAUAGGAGAGAAGGGUUGGGAUUCCUUCUAGAAGGAGGGAAAGUAGACAUGGCCCUACAGGACCCUGCUCUGAGGCCCCAUUGUUUUUCUUCCUCCCUUAUUUUCAUUUUUGGGAGCAGGGUUGGGCCACCUGCAGCGAAGGCUCCUGCAGAGCCCUCCCCACGUGUGCUAGCCCACUCAUCUCUCUCCACCCUUUCCCUGUGGCCUCAGACUAAGUUGCGCCAGGGACCAGUGAUCACUUAUUCCGGAUCAGAAAUGCGUGUCAUCAAACAAGAACCUCUUUCUUCGGCCCCUGGAAAUGAGCCAGGGAGUGACAGAGAAUCUAGACUAGAAUAUAGAAGGGUUUCUAUCUUGUUGACCAUGUAUUAUGUCCAAGAGAACCUCCAGCUGCUUAGUAUGACAAUGAAGACCAGCUCCCAGCAGAGGGGAGACAGCCUGGUCAAGGUCUGAUGAAGUGGCAGGACUCCUGAGGGAGUGUGUGUUUCAGUAUGGGAUGUGAGGAGGGGCAGUAGGAAGUGCCAGGCAGCCAACUAGUGGCUGGGACUAGAGGGCUGUUUAGAAAACACUGGAAACUUGCCUUGCUCCAAAUCUUUCUUCCGCCUUUUAAAAUGCUGAAAGGCACUAGGAAGCCAUUAUUGAACCAACUGCUCUCCCCUCUAAAUAAAUGAAGGUCAGUUUCAAAGAAACAGUUGUGCUCCAUAUAGUACUGAACCAAAUAGCGACUGAUUGGGCACUUCUCAUUCAAAUCGUAGCUGAGGAAUUUCCACCUAUUGUGAGCACAAGUGAGAAUGAGGGUCUCAGGACCUAGAACAGAGUCACCCCCAUGGAUGUGUGUGAAUCCUCCAACUCAGCCUUUGAGAUUCCUUCAAGGAAAGCAAUUGCUUUGAGAACUCCGAGGGAAAAAAUUAAAAGUAGAAUCCUUCCCAAAAGAAGGAAAUAUUACUGAGGUAACAUACUUUUGGCCAUGUAUUAAAUGUUUAACCAAAGACUUCUUAAAGUACCUACUAUGUGUAUGUCCCUGCUUCUGUACUAGAAGCUGAAUUUUUGAACUAAAACUCAACAUGGACUGUAUGUGCCUACUCAACAUAUGGGUAUUGAGUACAUAUUUUGUAUAGACAUUCUACUGGGCAUCUUAUGACAUUACCCCCAAUAUCCCUGGCAGAUAUGCAGUGUGUGGUAACUGCUACCUCUUCGUAUAUGACUAUACCGAAGUUCAAUGCAGUUAGAUCCUUACCCAGGGUCACACAGCAUGUCAGUGACAAGUCCAAGGACUGAGUCCGGCUCUGUCAGAAAAGACCAUACCUCAUACGCCGCACCUGGCCCUUUCUGUUCACUGAUAGCAAUGGGCUAUCAUAGCGAAUGUUCACCGUAAACCACCCUGUCACCACUCUGUCAGAAGACAGGAAGGACAAAGUCAUUGUAAAAUCCUGUCCAUGCCUGAUAGGAGAAAGAAAAAGUCCAACUGAUAAAGUGUCAGCUCAGACCACCCACGUUCAAACUUAAAGCUAGGUUUUCUCCAAGCCUACUGCAUUGUGGGUGCUGAGUAUCCAUAGGAACAAGGCUCUUGCCCAUCAGUCAGCUAAGCUGAAGGAAAGGUUGGGAGGAAACCCGCCUUCCUUCGAGGUCUGUGGGUCUCAUCUUUAACCAUGCAUGCGUCCACUAAGUAAAUAUUUAUUUACCACAUGGAUACUAUAUCUGGGAAUUUUCCUAGAGAAACUAUGCUAAGGAAGAAAAUUAAGCACCAUGGAACGUACUUCAAAUGAGGCAAACAUGUAUUUGAAAAAAAACACAAAAGGAAACACAAAUGCAUCUGCGAUGAGAGACUAGAAUCUAAUAGGGAUCAGUAUAUCAUGAGGUCCCAGGGGAGUAACAUGCAGGUAGAAGGCUGAAGAGUGCAGCUUACAGUAGCUACUUUGGUAAUGUUGGGAGGAAAGAGAUCCAUGCAGUGGGAAAGUCUCCUGUAGUAGGGAAUGAUGGUGAACUCCCAGAGCUUAGGAUGAGAACAGGCAUGGGUAAGACAGACUGCAGACAAGGACAGAAGCCUGGCCAUGAUGGGACGUUGGGAGCCAUAUUACAGAAUUUAAUUUGGGGAUUUUGUACUUGGGGUUAGGUUUCUAUUUAGGUGGUGGUGGUGGUUGUUUUUGUUUGUUCUUUGAUACAGGGUCUUAGGUAGCCCAUUCUGCCGAAAACCUGGCUAUGUAGCUGAGGAUGACCUUGAACUCCUGAUCCUCCUGCCUUCACUUCCCAAAUGCUGAUGUUACAGACAUGCACCACCACAUCUGGUUUAUGCACUGCUUGGAUAAAACCUGGGACUUUGUGAACACCAGGCAGGCACCAACAGAGCUACAUUUUCAGGCCUAGAUUUUUUCUUAACUGUGUUGGCAACUAUGGAAGGAGUUGAAGCACACCGAAGCUCUCUCUGAAUCCUAUCCCGAAAAUGCUGUAGGGCUGAAGAGAUGGUUCAGCAGGUAAGAGCACUUGCUGCUCUUACAGAGGACCACAGCUUGAUUCCCAGCACCCACUCGCAUGGAGCUGCUCAGAACCACCAACUCCAGCAGGCGAUCUGAUGUUCUUGCUCUCUUCUGGCCUCAAGAGCAUCUACACACACACACACACACACACACACACACACACACACACACACACACCACAUCAUAUAUAUGCAAGGAUUUUGGAAGAGGCCACUCUGGCCAACAUAUAAAACAGACUGGAUAUGGGACCAGUAAGAGGUCUCAAAAGUGUUGUGAACAGAAACAGUGAUUUAGAUCAUGCUGAUGACAAUGGAAGUAGCAAGAAGCAGACAUAUUUGAGGACUUGGUAUGGGAUGGCAUAGGAAGGCUAAUGGGAAAAGUAUGUCCAGAAUAACCCAGAUGUUGGCAGAGAACCACCUGGGUAUCACUUGUUGAGCUGGAGGAUGUGGGGAACAGGGAGGGCUGAGCAGAAGCAACAGGAUUCCUUCCAGAGACUUCCUCAGACAAUGUCCAGGCCUGGUUAACCAUCACAAUGGGUAGGAUCUUAUUAUGAUUUGGGCAAAAAACAUCUGACCUAAGGCCAAGAGUCCCUGUAAGCAGCCCCAGAUACCCAUGAGAGACAUCUGACAGGAACAGUUUUAACAGCCCAAACCUUGGGCCCCAGAAGAAACCCAUCAUAUCAGAAUCUCUUGUGAGGCCAAGAAUCUUCAGCCCUUAACAAGUUUUCCUGGGUGAAUUUUCAUACAUCCAGCACAACCUAGUCCUCCUAGGCAGCCAUAGAUCAGAUACCUUAUAGAAAUCCAAAAAAGUAUAUGCUUAAGGUUCCAAUGUACAACCAGAAGUAUCCUCAGUCCUACUCAGGACUUUGGUCCAAUCCAUGGGGAGGAGGGGAGGAAGGGACGGCAGUGUGCCCUGGAUGGUGGUGUCUUUGAACUAGAGCCCCUGACUAUGGAAACAGGAUGAGCAUUAUGGAAGCAUCCUCACCACACAGGGCAUAGUGUGUAGAGCUGCAACCCUAAAGGCAAGUCAUGUCAUCCUUGUCUCCACAGAUGAAAGCCACCAAGUUCAGAGAGGCUCAAUAACUUGCCCAAGGUCACACACCUAGUAAAUGGUAGACUCCAUCAGACUCUGCGCUGGUAAUCAGUGAACAUUCAUUGUACCAUCCCUAUUGUUAGAAUACUGCUUCCCCAGAAUUUGUCAGAGAUCCGAUGCUCAAAGUUUCCACUGGCUCAUGGCAAAAUGAGAAAAACAUUGUGUUCUUUCAAAAACUGAAAUGUAUUCAAUCUAAAUGACUGUCCUUUCAAUCCAAAGACUAUAUCCUUUCUAUUUUAAGGCAUCAAAAUAGCAUUUCUAGAUGGAACGAUGAUAAUGAAUGGUAAUAGUUGUGUGUAGGGUGGGGGGGUAAAGUCCUAUUUGAUAACAUUUUUUAAAAAAUAGCAACCCUCUGUCAGUUGCCUCUUUAAAAAAGAACUCUGAAAUUUGAGUUUCCUAAGAUUUUGGAGUCACAGACAAUACAUAAAUAAUGGGGAAAGGAAGGAAAGAAGGGAGAAAGGAAGGAGGGCUGGAGUCAACCUCAGUCUUCCAACCAAACCAAGUGGGCUGGGAAGAGGAUCCAGGAGAGAAGGAUAGCCUGUGCAUAAGAAUAGACCAGGUAUACAGACAAGAGCCAAUGGUGGAGGUGGCCAAGUCUGCUGGGGCACAGAGGAUGAUAUAAGUACCAGAGGGUCACCAAGGGCCCCAUGAAGGCUUUAUGUGAGUAUGUGUGAAGCUGUAAAAAAUCAUGGAUGACUGCCAACCUCCAUCUGGAAAUUGCUUUCUCCCAUAUCUGCAGGCCUUGUCUUCAGCCAUUGUAUUCCCUGACCACCUCAGAUGAUACACUACUGACCCCGAUACUUUAUACCUUGACACUUUGUUCUGGGGGUAAGAGUUACCCCACAGCCUCUGCCCUGUCUUCUCUCCAUAAGCAUGUGAGGUAGCUUUUGAAAAUAUCCCUGUUGCACAGUUAGGGAUAUGAACUCAGGAGAGAUGGGGGAGCUUUGCUUCAGAUGAGUUGGCUGACCGUGAAUUCAAAUCCAAGUCAUCAGAUGGGCUUCUCAUUAAAGAAAUGUUGGGUGGAAGUGUAUGACCAAAACACAGAAACUUCUAUUCUUAGAAGGAGGAAAGAAAGGGCAGAUGGCCACUGGUCACAACCUCACGAAGAUACAAAGAUCAUAAAAAUAAUUGGGUCGUUUCCUGGCAAAAUGAACCGAAACCUCUCUUUUACUGUUGACACUUUUGGAAGACUUUUCAACUUCAUGGCUUAUGGUUGCUAAUAACAAGCACAUUUCAUCAGAUUUCUAGCAAAUUUUAGAAAAGACAUAUUUAGAAAAACGUCUCCCCAGUGUUGUUUCUGGCUUCUUUACCUUUGAGACUGGAUUUACCGCCUCCAUCCACCUUCAAAUGAUGCCUGCACCACAGGACACUUCUCCAUCACGGGUCAUCCUAUGCCCUUCCCUUGAUGUCCCAGGCCAGGCAAGCUGGCAUUGUGGAUAGGAGUAUUUCUAGACUCUGUGUUCCGCAGCAACUGGCUGGUGAUGACCUAGCUAUGCAGAAGGAAAGGCUAUGAAGUGCAUACAUUGAGUGAAGAGAAUUGCAACCGGACAGAAUGUAGUCAGAGUCUAAUGGCCCUUGUACCAACACCUGCAAAAGGGAAGGCAAAGUGGGGGGAAGGACCACUCAGCAAAACAGAGGGGUCUCUGUUGAUCUCAGUUAACGGACCUCAUUUUGGAAAACUACGUAAUGGUCUUGGGUCUCUGAGGUUUCUUCCUAGGUUUUAGAAAAUCCAUCUUUUCAGAAUUUACCUGAACACACAUGUUCUUGAGGGUUUCAUCCUUCCAAUGACCAGGUUGGCAAUCAAAUAAAACCCCUCCUCAAAGCAGACAGGUACAUAGGAAGUCAAGGCUAACCAAUUAUUCUGAAAUGCAGUUAUUAUUAUGUUGAAAAGCAAAUUGAUUGUUGAGUAGGAAAGGCGCUCCUUAGCAUAUUAAAUAAAAAAGGUCUGGCAGCCAGUCAAAUAAGCAAGGACUGUAAUUUGGAAGUGGUGACAAGUGGAAACAUUUCAUGAGCUCUGCAACAAAUAGAACAAGAUGGUGUAGACCUGACUUCUAUUAGUGACAGCCCCUGAAGAGUUGUCUGUGGCCCCUGACCUGUACUACUCCGUAUGUGUGUGUGUGUGUGUGUGUGUGUGUGUGUGUGUGUGUGUGUGUAAGUAAAAUCUUAGGAUCACAGACAAUUUAGACUGUGUCAUAGCACUUUCUGUUGUAUGGCGACUUUUAGCAAUUGAUUUGGUAAGCUUUUCUUUUUCUCUCAUACAUAACAUACAUAACAUCCUGACCACAGUUUCCCUUCCCUCCACUCCUCCCUGUCUCCCCUGCUCCAUUUCCCUUCAGAAAAGAGGAGUACCCCCAGAAAUAUCAACCAAAUGGGGCAUAACAAUAUGCAAUAAGACUAGGUACAAACUAUUAUAUCAAGGCUAGACAGAGCAACCCAGGAGGAGGAAAAGAGUUCCAAGCUCAGGCAAAAAAGUCAGAGACAGCCCCUACUCCUACUGUUAGGAGUCUCACAAGAAAACCAAGCUAUUUGACCACAACCUAUAUAGAGGAACCUAGGCAAACCCAGGCAGGCUGUGACUGUUAAUUCUAUGAACCCUAUUUAGUUGAUUCUGUGGGCAGUGUUCUUAUGCUAUCCUUGACCCCUCUGGCUCCUGUAAUCCUUCUUUCCCUCUUCCUCAAGAUUCCUAAUCUCUAGCUAAUGUUUAGCUGUGGGUCUCUGCAUCUGUUCCUAUCUGUUGCUGAAUGAGGCCUCUCUGAUGACAAUUAUGCUAGGCUCUUGGUCUAUGAGUAUAGCAGAAUAUCAUUAGAAAUUAUUUCAUUGGCUUUUCUUAAUUUUGAUUAAGUCAGAAGAAUGAAAAAAAUGAAAAAAAUCAGUUUCUUCCAGUGCCAGAGUUCACAUACGCCCAGUACACUCUCCCCUCCACAGUGAAACCACUGGUAAAUUUACUACUGGUAUUUAGCCUUUGAUAUGUUCAAUUUUAUUGAGCAAUCAAUUUAAAGCAUAGGAAAAUAUAAUGUGAUGUUAUAAACAAAGUUGGUUAAAUAUAGGUCUAUUCAUUCAUUGUGACACAGCCAUAUCUGCACAAGAAAGGCAAGUCUUUGAUUAAUGUGCAAUCCCACUUUUAUUUUUAUUACGUUUUAUUUAUUUUGUGUGGUAGGGAGGUACAUGUGCUAGAGAGCAGAGGUCAGAGGACAACUACAGAAGUCAGUCAUUUCCUGCCCACUCAGGCAGCAGAGAUGGAACUCAAGUAAUCAGCCCUUGCAGAAGGCACUUUACCUACUGAGCCAUCUUGCCAAUCAGCAGUCCCACUCUCAAAAACAAGGAACUGGUCUGAGGAGAUGACUCAGUGGGUGAAGGGCUUGGUGAAGAAGUGUGAGAAUAUGGGUUUGGAACCCUAGAACUCAUGUAAAGCCAGACUCAGUAUGUCCCGCCUAUCACCCAAUGCUUGUGCAGCAAGGUAGAUAAUCGAGGCACAAGAAUCAUGGGUCAGCUAGCCUGGUAAGCACAGAACUUAGCAAGAGACCCUGUCCCAAACAAGGUGUGGAGGGAAAGGACCAUGCCAGAGGUUGUUUUCAGACCUAAACACACACACACACACACACACACACACACACACACACUCACACACACACACACACACACACACACACACUCAUUCACCCACUCACUCAUGACCCAUGCACACAUGCAUUCCCCAAAAAAGCAAAAACUAAAGCUUUUGCCUACUCACUUCCAGGGGCCACUUUAAAGAGAAGUAGGAGUAGACUAUUAACUUUUUCUAUCCUCUUACGAGUUCCCAUACUGCAAAAAAGGAAACAGUCCAUUUGUAAUUAAAGACAUCAGAUUAAGAACAUUAACAGGAUGGAAAUCAGGUUUUAAUAGAGUUAUUGUUUGGAUGUCCAUGCUGUCUAAUGAGUUCAGAAGAAAAACCAUCAAAAGAAAAGGUUUCCAUCUAUCCUUGGCCGUUUCUUUAACCACGAGCAUGUGCCCGUUCACAAUCCACCUUAUUUGAGACUGGGUCAAUCAUGUUGUUUGCGGUUGUGUACUCAGGCUAUCUGGUCCUCCAAGUUUCUGAGGACUUCCUCUCUCUAUGUCCUAUCUUGUCAUAGGGUCACUGUGAUAACAGUUCAUAGCUGCCUCAGCCACCUUGAUACGGGUACUGAGGAUUUGAACUCAGAUCCUUGGACAGCAAACAUUAGCUCAUCAUUUUCACUGUAAUUUUGCUCCUAUACCUGCUCGCUGCUUCUCAGCCUUGGGAACACUUACAAAUGCUCCUGGUUCUUCCUGACGCUGCUACAGCCCUGUCCACUCUUCCAUUCAAAAAAAAAAAAAACACGGCAGAUAUUGUUUGGAAUUUUUUUUCCUCUCGUAUUCUUUUCAAAAUGAGAAUUCUUCUCACAAUUCUCAACAGCAAAUAGUCAUUCAUUCAUACAUAAUAUCAUAAAUGAGAAAGACAAGAAAAGUAGACUUUCUCAUAAAACGGCUCAGCCUUUGGUCAUUAAUAAACAAUGGAAAUUUAUUGCUCAUGGCUUUAGAGGCCGGGAGAGUCCAAGAUCAAGAUUGUUGUGGAUUCACUCCCAGCCCUCACAGAUAGCAGCAUCCACGAGGAAGAGCACCAGUGAGCUCCCCCAGGUCUCUUCCAGGAGGACACUAAUCCCAGUCAUAAUGGCUUUGUUCCUGUGACCUUCUCUUCCCAGCCACCCUUCCCAGUGUUACUGACAGGAACUUUUAACAUGCAAAUUAGAAGAUAGCAAAACUCAGGCAUCCAGACCACAGGACCAUACUUUUCUAUGGACUUUCCAGGACUGUGUGUGUGUGCCCGUGUGUGUCUGUGUCUCUGUGUGUGUGUAUGUGUGUGUGUGUGUGUGUGUGUGUGUGUGUGUGUGGUGUCUGUGUAUCUGUGUGUGUGAUGUGUGUCUGUGUAUUUGUGUGUCUGUGUGUCCCUGUUGUGCGUGUCUGUGCAUCUAUGUGUGUCUGUGUGUCUGUGUGUUUGUGUAUCUUUGUGUAUGUCUGUGCAUCCGUGUGUUUGUGUGUGUGUGUGCGUGCGUGUGUGUGUGUGUGUGUAUCUGUGUGUGUGAUGUGUAUCUGUGUAUUUGUGUGUCUGUAUGUCCAUGUUGUGUGUGUGUGUCUGUGCAUCUAUGUGUGUCUGUGUCUGUGUGUUUGUGUAUCUGUGUGUAUAUCUGUGCAUCUGUGUGUCUGUGUGUCCAUGUGUCUGUGUCCGUGUGUGUGUGUGUGUGUGUGUGUGUGUGUGUGUGUGUGUGCAUGUAUGUGUCAGAGAUCGCAUUACCCCAGGCUUUUUUCAACACUCAUCACACACAGAAUUCUUGCUAUACCUCAGUAUAAAUCCUCAGUCUUCUCAUUUUCUUUCUUUGUGUUUUUUCUUAUCUUUUCGGGUUCUAUAACAAAAGAUACCAUAACAUGCCUAGUUAACCUCAUUACAUAAGCAGACCGUUUAAGUAAAUAGGCAAUGCACACACACAAGGCUACUUGGCUCACAAGGUAUGAGUGUACAGUAAGAGUAUGUCCCUCCCAUAUCCCUAGCCCUGAUCAUCCCUUUUCACUGGUUUCUGGUAUAUCUUUUCAGGAUUAUUCUAUGUAUAUGGAUGAAAUGUGUUCAUAUGUCCCUUUCCAUGGAAAUAGCGUUCUAUAAACACUAUGUCACACCUGCUUUCUUCAUUAUACAGUGUAUGUGGCUGACCUUUCCACUCCUGUAAAAGCAGAGCAGCCUUGUUCAUAGCUGCAUACUAUUCUCUUUUCUCCAACUAGAUCCCUGCCGAAAGCAUUCAGGUGCCUCUACCGUUUUUGCUUUUACAAAAUCAUAUUCUUACUUCCACGUAUACUUCACCAUCUUCUACCUUGGUAAGUUUGUAUACUAUAAAACCCUUGAAAUGAAAGUGGAAAUACUCAGGGAGGGAGGCACAGGUAAGACAGGAUCUCAUGGAGUCCAGGCUGAUCUUGAACUUGAUAUGAAGCUGAACUUCUGAUCCUCCUGCCUUUACCUCCUGAGUACUGAGGCUAAAGAUGUGUGUCACCAGUUUUAUGCAGUACUAGAGAUGGAGCCUGGGGCUUUAGGCAUGAAAGGUAAGUGUUCUACCAACUUAGCUAAAUCCCAGGCCACAAGAAGCUGCUUUUGAACUGAGAGCUCCUUUGCUGUUCAGGGGUCCAGAAAUUCUCAGGUGUCAAAGUAACAAGUCAGCAUCCUCACUGGGACUCCCAGACAGCUUGAAUGCCUCCGAUCCUUCCAGUUACGUUAGUACAGCUUCCCGGAGUCCAAGCCGGACUUCCGCCCUCUUGGAAUGCAGCAGCCUUCUGCCAAGGAAGCAGAAGCCUGGAAUGUGUGCAUUUCACCCAAAAGCUAGGAGUAAAACGCAGCAGCCUAUGGUGCAAAACAGAUUCAACUUUUCACUUGGCACCCAAGUCCAUCACGGUCCACACCAGUGGCCCCAGGCUCCAGAAGUGGCGUCCCAAUUUAAAAACAUGAGGAAGUAAAAUUCUCAUCCCGGGCUGAUGUUCUGCCUGAAUUGACAGUGUUUGCCUAGUAGGAACUGAGUUUCAUUCCCAGUACCAAAUGGCCGAAGAGUGGUAGUUCAGGUCUACAAUCCCAACAUCAGUGAGGUGGGGGCAGAAGGACCAGUCAGCUAGCCGGGGAGUUUGAGGUCAGCCUGGUCUAGAGACCAAGGAAUAAGAAAAUGCUGUAUUUGUAACCCCCAGUAUCAAGGGGCUGUGUGAGUAAGAAAAGACUCCUAGGGCAUCCAUACCCACCCCACCCCACCGUGAGGGCCUGAGUGGCCGGAAUGCAGUGGAUAGUCUAUAUUUAGGCAAGAGGAUGACACGCGCACUCCACAUUUUACUUUCAGUAUUUAAGCUGUCCCCCGAAGAGCUUAGCCUCACAUGCUGGACACUCACUUAAACACAGCUCCGCUCCUUGUAAAGGGGGCUUUUCAAGACAUGGAUGGGAUAUGGCUGGGCAAGGGCGUAAUUUGAUUUUGACCUUGAACUGCUGAUUGGGAAAGAGAAGCAGGGUUAUUUUCAGACCACACUAAAUGUAGAGUUGUCGGGACCGGCUGCUAGAUGGACUGGGAAGAGGUAAACUUUGACACACUCCCACAAAACCAGGAUUUCAGACUAUGCUGAGGCAAGAGCCCAGCCAAUGGAGACUCAGAUCCAGACUAGGGAGCCAGUCUUGUCAUUGUCACCAUUGCUACCCAGAUACUCCUUACCUUGGUGAAGGGGGCAGUGCCCCCUCCUCAGAGACAGCCUCUCUUCUUUAAGUUCCCUGGCUGCCUAGAGUAAUAGCAAAACCAGAGUGGAAAAGUCAAACAAAUCCAGGUCUUUAGUCCUGUCUCCACCCUAUCUCACUGAACCUUGACUAAUCCAUCUAUUAAAGGGGACUGAAUCAUCCCCCUUGGAGGAGUGCAGUGAGGAAUUGGUGAGAAAUAUACAGGAAGAAUUCAGCCAGGCCAAAACACUAGUACAUAACCCACAGGCAUCAGCUAUUAACACAGGAAGACUCAAGUUGAGCCUCGGCCUAGGAAAGAUGGUAACAACCUGUCCAUAUUGCUAAGGCCACCAUGGAUCCUAAAACAGGAAUACAUCUUUGGACAAAAGGGGGGUAAAUGGUGGUGUUUCAAGCCCAUAGUACCAGCACUAGGGUUUGGUAAAGGAACCAAGUUGUGUCCCUAGGACCUACAUAGGGGCAGGGGAGAGGACCUAUAACUACAAGUUGCCCUCUAAUCUGCACAUGCGUACUUUUGUGUAGAUGCUCACACAAACACUAAACUAAUUAAUUAAUUUUACAGCAAAACCGAACCGUUAGUGCUGUAAAUUAGUCUAAUCUGUCUGAGAUGCUCCACAUUUAUUAUCUCAGUGAUAUCAACCAGGUGACCCUUCUUGGCAAAGAACAGCGGAAGUCUGGCACCGUUUCUUCCGCGUGUCUAAGGUUUAUUCUAUUUAUUAAAUCAAAGUAUAAUCCUCUCCUAAAAACAUCAAAUCGUAGGCUAAUAAAUUAACUGGAAGCUUUUUCUCAGCGUCUGUCUGCUUCUUACUCUCUGUACAAAAGUAAUUGUAUCAUCACUUUCAACCUCAGAAUUGGUUCACUUAAACCACAAAUGUUCCUCCAACCCAAAUGAGCCCAGGGUCUGGCAUGGUAAUAUGUAAAUAAAUAAGGCUUUUUAAUUAAGUCAACUUCUUGGCUCCUGAUUUCAAGGCCUGGCUCAGGAAGUCAGAGCAAUGGAGGUAGAAAAUGGGUAAGAGGGAAGAAGGAAAGACUCAGCCUCUCUGUUUCACCCCAGGCUUAGAAGGACCCAGAAUAUUCUGCUUCUGGCUGUCCUAAGAAUUCUGGCCUUGAGCAAUCUCCUCUGGGAUUCAACAGCAUCAUCAGCAACUUGUUCCAGUGGUGGAUGCUGAGGCCUACCCAAAGGAACUAAGUCAGAACUGUAGGUGCAGUCAAGAAUAUCUGGGUUCCUCCCCCUAGAGGCUACAUUGAUGAAGGCCCAAGAACCAACAAUGAAGUAUGGUUAGGCCACACCCCCUGAAUCUGCUCCUAUUCAAAGCAACUCAACACAGCUCAGAAGCUGAGGGACCAUAUUCUGACUACUACAGUUGACACAUACUCCUUUACUGUCACAGCAUGAGUAUUAAGUUCCUCAUGAGAUGAGAAAAGCACUGUUUAGCAUUUAAACAAUGUUCACCAUGCCAUCCCUAUAGAAAAUGACUGGGAGCAGAGCUUGAACUGGACCAGCCUGAUACCGAAUUCUACCUUCUUAAGAAUAACUUCCCCCAACCAGUAACGAUGAAAAAUACAAAAAGUGAAUGUCCUUGUUAGGGUUAUUUUUGCAAUGAUGAAACCAUACCCAAAACUAAGUUGAGGAGAAAAGGAUUUAUUUGACUUAUACGUCCAAAACAUAGCUCAUCAUUAAAAGAAGUCAGGACCUAAACUCAAGAAACAAGUAGAAAACUGGAGGCGGAAACUGAUGCAGAGGACAUGGAGGGAUGCUACUUAGUGGCUUGCUCCUCAUGGCUUGCUCGACCGGCUUUCUUAAAGAACCAUAGGAUCGCCAGUCCAUGAUGGUACCACUUGCAACAGGCUUGCUCUCACAUCAUAUCACUAGUUAAGAAAACUCUCUACAAGCUUGCCUACAGCCCAGUCUUAUGGAGGCAUCCUCUCAGUUGAAACUCUCUCCUUCCUCUCUGAUGACACUAACAUCUCCAAUUGACAUAAAACUAGCCAACACAGUGAACCAGUGAGAUGCCUCAUUGGGUAACGGCACCUACCAUCAACUCUGAAGACUUAAGCUCGGUCCUCAUGACCCACAUGGCAGAAGGAGAGAACUGAGUCUUGCAAGUUGCCUUCUAACAGAGAUGGGGGAGCACAAAUCAAUAAACCAGCACUCCCCAAAGGACCAAACUAUGAGCCUUGUCAUCACUUAGUGUUCCUUGGUCAUCUGUUCUGACAUUCUUGGGCCCCCACUUCUCACCUAUAAGCCAAUAAUAAUAAUGCAUUCAUAUCCAGCUUGUUGUGAGAGUUAAUCAGGACACCAAAGACAAUCAUCUCUAACCCAGUCCCUAGAGCACAGUAAAGACUAAUGAGCUGUUGGUUUUCUUGUUUCUCCUCCACUAUCAAAACUACCCCAUCCAGGGUUGAUUCUCUGAGAGUGGUGUUUAUUGACCAAUUAGCUAAUAUGAUGAGUUAAUCCUCACGGAGGUGUGAAUUUAUGAUAAUGGUUUUCUGUGUUAGCCUCCAAAUACCAUUUGCCUCACAACCUGGGGCCUUACGGUUUUACCAUUAAGGUAUGAUUAAGGAUGGAAAUAAAAGGAGGGGUGAAUGCAGAAAGACUCUCCUGCACAGGGAGACUUUUCCCCACUUCUAAUCAUUAACCAUCAGGUCUCCAGAAUCAGAGUGAGAGAAUCCCCAGGGAUUAGCAACCAGACAAGAAAGGGAGUAUGCCUUUAAAGCUGCAAGUGGCUAUUUAAAAAAAGAAGAAGAAGCUCAGGCAUCUGGGUUUUAGGAUAGGUGUGAACAACACCAGAUUGAAAUCAAAGACUGAUGGGUCAUUUGCCAGUGUUUAAUACAAUUGCUUGAAAUCUGUGGAGUUGAAUGUAAUAAGGCUUCAUUAAAAAGUAGUUAUAACAACUAAUAAGACCCUAAUUAAAUUAGCUUUCACUGGGCAAGCUGCUUGUGCGGUCCUAAUUAGGUUAUUUGCUGCCAUUGGCUGUGCCUGAAGACAAAAGGUGGCUGGGUUGUGUCUUCAGUGAUACUUGGAAAGCUGGGCCUCAGGCUGUGCAAGACACAGUGAGAAAGCCCUCAUUGGCCAGGAAUGUAGCUCCAUAUGUAGAUUGCUUGGCCAGCAUGCAUGAAGUCCUGGGUUAAUCCCUAAUACUGCAUGAACUGAGCACGGAGGUACAUGUGUAUAAUCCUGGCACUCUGGAGAUGAAGGCAGAAAAAUUAGAAGUUCACGGUCAUCCUCAGCUAUGUAGAGAAUUUGAAGCCCUCCUGAGUUAUAUGAGACCCUCUUUCAAAGUGAAUGAGUAAAAAGACACACAAAGAGGCCAUCCAUUUUGGAACAACCAAGCCUCAAUAGCUCCCAAAAUAACCAUGGUACUAGGCCAGAGUGAGCCUAUUCCUCUGAAGAGCUGAUGGUGAAGACAGAAGGUGCAGUUAAUGCCAAGGCUUCCCUGGUAGAUGAGGAAACUGCACUCCUUUGAGACAAGAAUAUCCUCCUGUCCUGUCUUCUGGAACUAGGACAGAUCAGGGACUCCCAUGCUGACCUCCACUUGGGAAAUGAGAGAAAAACAAGAAGGGAUGGAUUCUCAGAGGCUCUAGCUAGCUAGUUGGUUGGUUGGUUGGUUGGUUGGUUGGUUGGUUGGUUGGUUGGUUGUAGAGAGAGAAAGAAUAAGACUAUGCCUCUGUGUGUGUGUGUGUGUGUGUGUGUGUGUGUGUGUGUGUGUGUGUGUGUACAUAUUUGUGAUGCAAA